AUGUCCAAUUCUCUCGUGCAUAAAAGCUUAGAAUUGUUGGGCUAUGAGAAGGAACAGAGAUUACAAGGUGAAUCAAAGAAAAAACGGAAGAAACAUAAAGAUAUCAAAUAUGAGGAAAUCUUAGAUUUAAUUCCUGUUAAACACAGGUUUGUCUCUAAAAAUGGUAAGACAGAAUCCAGCCAAACUAGCGUUUAUAAGAUUCAAAAACACUUAGCUGAACAAAAAGAUCCUCCCGAAGAAAAUGUACAACUUCUUUUAUUUGGCAAUAAUCAUCUAAAUCCUGAGAUAGCAAAUAAUUUGUUGCAACAUGAUGUACAAAAUAAAUUCAAUCAACAACAGAAGAAACCUAAGAAAUUGGAACAAACAGUUUUCACAGAGGAGAAUUUUAAGAAGUUUGAACAGGAAUAUGUGGAAUAAUAUUGUUACGUCCGUCGGUUACACAAACACUCUCGCGCGCUCUCACACAAAAGGCACUCGCGUGCGAUAAAUAAUAAAGCAGAAUCUUUGAAAAACUCCAACGUUUAUUCUACACGUCUGUCACCCAAACAAGGCUUCAGACCUCAACAACACGAACAUCGCCACUCAUAGACAAAAGACGUUUAUAACAUAAUUCACGCCUAUACCGGGCGUAACAAUAUUAUGAGGAAUAGUGCAAUGUGAAAAAAUAGAAACGUUAAUAAUGUUCGAUAGCCAUCAUCAAAGAGGGAAAGGGAUAUUAAUAAAUUGACAUUAAUCUUGUUUCUCUACUAUAGUGCGUGGGUAAUCGGUUUGCCUUUUAUCGGCGAUGAUGUACUGAGAGCUCUAUUUUACUCCUACAAUUUACUUUAAUAAUUCCCGCGAAUCUCGGCCUAUUUUUUAUGGAUGGUUUGAUACUUAAAUUUUUACCAUUUAUCAUGUAAAACCAUACUUGUUUUAUAAAAUAGAGAAAGUGGAAUAGCAAUUUAAAGUAAGAAGUUAUUAAAAAUAUGUAGUGAUCCCCCCCCCCCAUUGCAAUGCGUUGUCAUGUAUAUAUAUUGCGUUGUGUAAUUAAAUUUGCAGAUUUAUGUGACCGUAAACAUUUUUUAACGUUAACAAAGGAGCAUUGUUAAGAACGAAAAAUUGUGUAUACGAAACAUCUGAUGCACGGGAAUAUUUUAUAAAACAAUGUAGCCUGAAUAUGUUACACACAAAAAUGAAAUUGUAUAAGACAAGUUGUAUGAAAGUAUAACGUUUAUCAACGGAAUCAAGGAUAUGGAAGAAAUUUAUAAAAUAGUUUUCAAGGAAAUUAAAUUUAACUUGUAUAAGUAUCAUCAGUUUCAAAUAAAAAAGAGAAGUUUUCUUUUAGACAUUCC